UUGUAUUUUAAUGUGUCGAAAGUAUAACUUACCUUUAUUUACUCUCUUGUUUUGUUGUCGUGCUUCUUGUUCAUAAAGUUAGACCGUUAUUCGGAUGCUAGUUAGCCAACUAUGCUAAUCCUUGUAAACGGUGUUGCUUAAUCCCUCGUCCUUUUCCCCUCGAAACUUCACGUCUGAUAUCAGCAGCAGAUGAAGGCAUCUUUCAGGUGUGAUUAUUUCCACCACCGCUGAUCACCAUGAUUGACAUAAGAGCAUGGGCAGAGUAUGUGGUGGAGUGGGCUGCCAAAGACCCCUACGGCUUACUGACGACUGUCAUCCUGGCCCUCACGCCCCUUCUCUUUGCCAGUGCCCUGUUGUCGUGGAAACUGGCCAAGAUGAUUGAGGCCCGUGACAAGGAACAGAAGAAGAAGCUGAGGCGUCAGGAGAACCUAGCCAAGGUGAAGAGGAACUAGGACUUGCGUGUGUAGGCAUGCAACAGGAAAUGAGGAGGAGGGACACCGGACUACAGUCCCCCACAGGCUGAACGAGACGGACAUUCCCGUUUUGAGGAUGGUUGUCCAUGUUGGGACUUUCCUUGGCAAGACAUUUUUAUACACAUUUGUGUGGCUAUUGUGGCACAUUGCAUUCCAUCGUUAACAUAUCUGUCCCAUGACUUAUUCUCUUCAAAACUAUUUCAUUUAACAAUAAAACUUUCAUUCAUGAUUUUAAAAAAA